UUCUGCAGCUUUAGAAUACAUUGCUCCUUCUCACCCUCGAUAGCAACCUUCUUGUUGAGUUAGAACUUCCGGUGUUUGAAAAGACUAAAAGAACUACGAGUAAACCACAAUCGUCUUCGUGGUAUGCCAGAUUUCUGUCUGAAUAAAAGUAGUUCUGAAACAGCAGUUGGAAGCUUAACUCGAUUGCACCUUAGUUAUAACUAAAUCAGUGUUCUAAGCAGCAAAAGUUUUAAGUGUUUACCAAAGUUAACACAACUUAAAGUAAAAGGAAAUAUAAUCUCCUUGUUACCUAACGAACUGUUUUCUUCAGUAAAAUAUAUUGAACUUUUUGAUGUAAGUUUGAAUACCGGGCAUCACGCUCGCAUUGAACCACGUGCGUUAUGGUCAAAAACUCUUCGAUCCUUGACUAUGGGGUUCGAUGGAUCAGCUAAGUCUAUAUUUGAUUCAAUAGAAGACACCUUCAGGAAUUUACCUAGGCUAGAGGGACUGAGUAUCAGCCACAUUAAUAUGCUAAACCUGACAGACAAAGCAAUUUCAACUCUCUUUUUGCCUUUACCUGGCUUGAAACAUUUUGAGUGUUAUAGUUGUCGGAUAUCGCAGGAUCCUAGUAUAUUUCUAAAAAAUAAAUCCCUUUUGGAACACAUCAGUUUACAGGCGAAUUUUAUUGAAACAAUCAGUGAUUCUACAUUCAGGAACAAACCAUACUUAAAAUACUUAAAUUUAGGCAUGAAUAAACUAAAUCAUUUGAAAAAGUCGUCUUUGUCAGACGAAUUUCUAAAUAGUUUGGACACGUUAGAUCUAUCCGGGAAUCCAUACACGUGUGACUGUGACUUAGUAUGGUUCAUAACAUGGCUAAAAAAUAAACAUCACACAAACAUUAAACAUUUUCCGAACAUGUAUUUAUGCACUUACCCAGGAGCUAUGUCGGGAAAGAAAUUGACGAAAAUACACUUUUCGUACCGGCAAUGCCACCCAUUUAGUACACUAGAAUGGACGGGCAUGAUUGGUGGGCCUUGUCUGGUACUAUUAGCGUUUGUUUCAUUCCUUUUAUAUCGAAAUAGGUGGAAUAUCAAACACUACAUAUAUCUCAUCAGAAAACGAAGGAAAUAUAUGCGUGUGGAUGGAAAUAAUUUCGUAUACGAUGCUUUUGUUUCAUACAACGAAGAAGACUCACGAUGGGUUCGAGAAUACCUAAUUCCAUUCUUAGAGGAGCAGCACAACUUGAAGCUGUGUAUACAUGAGAGAGACUUUCAAGCAGGAGUCUUCAUCAAUGAUAACAUUGUAAACUGCAUAGAUGAAAGUAAAAAGAUCUUAGUGAUCCUUUCGAAUUCAUUCUCGACAAGCGGCUGGUGCAUGUUUGAACUGAAAGUUGCGCACUCAAAACAUAUUGAGGACGAGACAGAGUUAGUUGUUAUCAUGCUUGAAAAGAUACAUGGUCGAAAUAUGAAUGAAUCUAUGCGGGUUCUGCUGGGGACAACCACAUACCUAGAAUGGACAGAAGAUCAUGUUGGCCAGGCUUUGUUUUUUAAUAAACUGAAAGAUUCAAUGGGGGUUUAGUGAAAACAUUGAUAAAAUGACACUUCUUUGAAACUAAAGUUGUAUGCACUUUAUUAUACUUGAAUUGUAACAAGAUUAGAUAGCAGCAGAACGGUCUUAAUUUGUUUCUGUAUUUCUGUAAUCUAAAUAUAAUAAAAAAUAGUAGUACCUAUAACAGUGCAAGUGGACACUAAAUAAGAUAGUUAUGCUGAUUGACGUAGAAGUAUGUACCAGUUCGACUGUUAUAUGUAGUAGAAUUAACGAGUUUGGCUGAUUAAUGUACACGUGUUUACGAGUUACGCUGGUUACUGUAAAAGUAAAGUUACCAGAUAAAGUGUUUUACGAAUUCUGCUGAUUAAUGUAGACGUGUGCAUGUAAAUUUUGUCAUUAAUUCUCGUGUGCUUAAAUUAUCAAACAGAUGAAAAUAA